GUUUUCCUUACAUCAGCCGCUUUGUUUCUACUUUCUCUUAAAGAGCAAACGGAAAGAACAAAAAAAUGGUUAGCGACGAGGACCUCGUGACCCGACUCCGAGAGAUUCUCAGUAGCUCCGACCUCGAAACAACGACUCCGGCGACCGUCCGUCGUCAGCUUGAGGCGGAUUUCGGUGUCGAAUUGACGGAUAAGAAGGCGUUUAUCAGAGAUCAAAUCGAUGCUUUCUUGGAGAGCAAUGGUGGCGGAGGAGUUGAAGAAGAAAACACAGAGAGCCCUAAGGCUGAAGAAGAUGCCGCUGAUGAUGAAGACGACGGCGAAGAUGAAGAGAAGGAAGAAAGGCCAGUGAAGGCUAAGAAAAGAGGUGGUGGUGGAUUUGCCAAAGUAUGUCAGCUUUCUCCUCAGCUUGAGAAGUUUCUUGGAACCUCUCAGUUAGGUCGCACUGAGGUUGUUAAGAAAAUGUGGGCGUAUAUUAAAGAGAAAGACUUGCAAGACCCAAAGGAUAGGAGGAAGAUACUGUGUGACGACUCGUUGCAUUCCUUGUUCCAUGUCAAGUCCAUUAACAUGUUUCAGAUGAACAAGGCAUUAGCCAAGCAUAUUUGGCCCUUAGGUGAUGGAGGCGAUGGGUGUGUGAAAGAAGAAGAAGAUGAAGGUGAUGCAUCAGGGGAAAGAGACGAGAAAGAGGACAAAAACGAAGAAAUGGAGGAGGAUAAUGAAGAAGAAAGCGAAGAGGAAGAAGUCAGGAGUUUGCGUAAACGCAAGAGAAAGAAGCCAGCCAAGUCUGAGGAGAAGCCAAAGAGAAAAGGAGGAGGUGGAUUUGCUAAAGUUUGCAGCCUCUCGCCAGAGCUUCAGGCUUUUACUGGGAUGACAAAAUUAGCAAGGACAGAGGUUGUGAAAAUGCUUUGGAAGUACAUAAAAGAGAACAAUUUGCAGGAUCCAAAGGAUGGACGCACGAUCAUCUGUGAUGAAUCAUUGAGAUCUCUGUUCCCUCUCGAGUCCAUCAAUAUGUUUCAAAUGAAUAAACAUCUAACCAAACACAUAUGGCCUUUAGAGGAUAAUGCAGGAGAAUCAGUUGGCUCUAGCUCUCCAAAAAAUGGAAAGCUGAAAAUGGAAACAGAGGAGACAGAGAGUGAAGAACUAAACGAGAAUGAUGAAAAGCCAAAGAAGGAAGAGUGUUGUCUUCUUGCUCCCCUUCCACUUUCAGAUGCUCUGAUCAAGUUCUUGGGUGAUGGAGAAAGCUCGUUGUCAAGGGCAGAUGUGGUAAAGAGAUUGUGGGAGUACAUAGAACAGAAUGAUCUUCAGGAUCCUUCUGACAAGAAGAGAAUCAUAUGCGAUGAGAAGCUGAAGGAACUUUUCGAAGUUGAUUCAUUCGAAGACAUAUCAGUCUCAAAACUCCUGACCAGCCACUACAUCAAGAUCGAACAAUGACUUAAGUUGAAGUUUUGACAUACGACUUUAAAAGAAAAAAAAGAGAGAGUCUGGUUGCUUUCAGUAGAGGUCGUCGGUUCAGGACUUGAUACGCGGCAAAGACUACUAAAAAGGUAUCGAUAUUGAGACACACUUGUAAAGCAUAUGCGUUUUCUGAAUUUGCUUCCAAGUGCUUCCUUUUGAAGUGAUCUCAAUAUAUGUUGUCUUUUUGGUAUAUAGUGACAAAAACUAGAACGGAUGUUAUGUCUUGAGACCAAACUAAUUGUUUAAAUUCAUUUCCUUAUGUAGACAAUAAAAGUACCAAAAACAGGAAUCACAUCACUUUUUUCUUAAUGGAAUACAAAACAUUAAUCGUU